CGAAGAAGAAGAAGAAAAGGCCUCCAGAAAUUUACAGAGAGAAAACAAAAAUGGUGGCGGCGAAUCUGAAGGCGGAGACUUUGGGUCUGAUGGACAAACGGAGUGCUUUGGAGGCCGAGAUGAACGCAAUCAUCGAGCGUCUUACUCAGCCCGGCGGCCCUGGACUUUCCGGCAACCUCCUCAACUUCGAGGGGUUUCCUCGCGAGGACAUUGACAUCCCAGCUGUACGAGCCGAACGACGUCGUCUUGCUGAGCUGAAAAAUGAUUACAAAGAGAUUACGGAGAAAUUGGACCGGAAUAUACAAGUUUUGCAUUCAGCAAAACUUGCUCCAAAAUCAUCAUCCCUCAACCCGUCAGAUGGUCAGAGUGGUUCAGUUGUCAGUGUUGGAGAAUCAGCUUCUGCAACCAAUGUUAAUUCAAAUGCCAUGGAUGUGGAUGUGAGUGUACCCUUUGCAUUGGUUGAUGAGAUAGCUGAUGCAUCGCCAGCGGCAGAGGAUGGUUUUCAACUUGGAGAUCAGAUUGUGAAGUUUGGCAAUGUGGAAAAUGGCGACAAUUUGUUGCAGAAACUUGCUUCUGAGACUCAAACGAAUCAGGGUUGUGCUAUACCUGUUAUGGUCCUAAGGCAAGGUGCCCAAGUGAACUUAAUGGUGACACCUAGAACAUGGCAAGGCAGGGGUCUACUUGGGUGUCAUUUCCAGAUUUUGUAAGCAGUUGCUGAAGCCAAAAGACUGAAUACAGUUAUUUUUCUGUGACUAUGUCAAGUCCCAAAAUGUAGCCAAUUUAGGCCAGUUCCAAUCAGCAGUUUCUUCAGCAUCUAUAUAUGGCUGUUGUAAUGUAGUUUGGUAUCAACAUACAAAAGUCCUGAGAUUAUUUGCCUGUUAUAGCAAGUAUUUGAUGACUUUCUAAUUCAAUCUUAAAGUCGACUUUUCUCAGUUGCCUUCUCUGUGGAUGUUUCUAUGUAUGCC